ACUCGGCUGCUACACAAUACACCCCGAACCGAGAGGAAACACCUAACCUUGCGUAACACACAUUCGGUCCGGAGGUACACUCGGGGGUGCCGUCACCCCUUUAUUUUUGCACUCAUUUCUUACUUUUUCGAAUACAGCCGUCAAUAAAAUGAACCUUUUGUUUUGAGCGCCAACGUUGUUCCUUCUCAGAUUUUGCGUUCUUUCCCCCCUUCGUCGUGCAGUGAUGCUCUAUAUUCGCAGACUGCUAGCGUCUGGAAUCGCUUUUCGUCAGGAAACUGCACAAGAGAGGAUGACCAGGAGGAUAAGGUCUAGUUUGUAACUGACCCCAGUUCCACGAAGGCGAAUACGACCCUGGACUCUGUUUGUGAACCCUCUGCAUAGUUCUGGCCAUGUCAAACAUAAACAAUGCUCUUUGUGUCGAGAAUGGACAGGGUCCUGACAUUUCUCUCUUGCAAAAGGAUAACCUUCAGCUGGACACGAGUGGAUUAAACUCCGUUUUGGAUUAUAAUGCGGAAAUGGAAAGGUACAGAUCUUUCGCAAACUUUUACAAAACCAACGGGGCGUUUCCACAGACUGCCAAGAUUGCUCGCAUAACCACGCCGAUCUUUCCCAGCGCCAGAAUCGGCGUGUCCCCUUGGAACUGCGAUAACGCCAUGCUCUGGGGAAGAAAAUCGGCGGCAAUAAACCCUAAUAGGACCAGCAUGCAUAGAAAUGACUCCCAGAGGCCGGGAAAGCCUGGCGUGCCGCCAGAGACGUUGCAAAUGGCAAAUAAUAAUUUCCUCACUACCUUAUCCCCCGAACACUGCAGACCUUUAGCAGGAGAAUGCAUGGACAAGCUGAAAUGCGGCGCUGGUGAAGCAGAGAUAAUGAAUCUCCCAGAACGCGUUGGAACUUUUUCCGCUAUUCCGGCUUUAGGGGGCAUCUCAUUACCUCCCGGGGUCAUCGUCAUGACAGCCCUUCACUCCCCCGCUGCCUCGGCAGCCGUUACAGACAGUGCGUUUCAAAUUGCCAAUCUGGCAGACUGCCCGCAGAAUAACUCCUCGGCGUCCAGCGGAAACCCGGCGAAGAAGAAGAGGAAAAGGUGUGGGGUCUGCGCUCCCUGCAGGAGGCUAAUCAACUGCGGGGUGUGCAGCAGUUGUCGGAACCGCAAAACCGGCCACCAGAUCUGCAAAUUUAGGAAAUGCGAUGAGUUGAAGAAAAAGCCAGGCACGUCACUCGAGAGGACGCCAGCCAAUGGGGGUGAAGCAUUCCGGUGGUUCUUCUAGAACUUUUGCCUCCACAGUAUUACACAGAAAGCAUUGGAGGUCUGAGGCCCCAAAAUCCAGCUUCUGAGAAGGAAAAAAUGAUGUAAAAGAUGGUGUUGGUUUAACUCUGUAAUUUCCUUUUCUGUGUAAUAAUGUACCUUUUGACAGUAUCAUAAUGUAUAUUUUGAUGUCAAUAAAUGUGUUUUAGUGUUGUGGCUGUAUGAAGAACAGUCAUGCUAAUGUAAAUGACACAAAAGACAAUCAAGACAGAGAAACUUAAACAGAGGUGGCCACAGCGAAUAACAACCAAUUGCAACACAAUACACUUUAUAGAUCAGGAGCAAUAAUCUUAGAAGUGACUACUGUACUCUUUUUUUCUCCAGUUUAUUGAUUUAUGUAUAAAUUUGGAACUAUAUAUUUCAGGUUAUUCCCCUUUGUGCUAUCUUUGUGGGGCCUGUGUUUUCAACACACUGCAAGAGCAAGCCCUCAUUAAUGAAUGAGCUGGUUGAUAAUUGAAACAGUGUGAAGGGACAACGACAGCGUUUCAGUUUGUUUAUUUUUGUUGUUUCUCAGCACGCUGCAGAGCAGGGCACAUUGUCUUGCGUAGCACGUCGCAGUUUUGCAGAGGAAACAUAAUUACCCACUUUCGCUAGCACAAGACUAACAGUUGAGAUAUAUUUUAUUGUAUUGUCUACGUCUCGUUGAGACACUAAAAAUUGUUGAAAUACAUCAGCCAUUAAUGGAAGGAGAGAUAUCAGAGGGAAGAAGCUGUAAUUACGCUUAUGCUGGAUUAAUUAGUAAAGACUACAUAACAAACACAAAAUAGCCUGUGGGCCCUUUAAGAAUUCUUUUGUUGUCGCUUCAAAAAAGCUGUUGAAAAUGUAGGUAGAAAUACCACUAAAGGUAUUUCGUCUUUUUUCAUUCUAAUUUAGCAUUCAAUGCAGUAUAAUGGAUUGUAACUUCCCACUGCACAGAUGUACAUGACUUCACGAAAUGUGUUGAAGAAAAAAAGUUAAGUACACAUUCCAAAUCGAUUAUUCAAUAAGUUGCUCAUUGUCUUAACCCUAAUGUUGCAUGUAUAAAUGUGUUUUGGUUUUAAAGAUUAUCAAGAAUUUGUAUAUUGUUGUUGUGAUGCUUUUAUGUGUUAAAUAAAAAAGAAAGAUAAAAAAAUAAUUUGAUGUCAAUUAAUAAUGGAAAUUUUUACUCUCACAUGUACAAUUAAACAUUGACUCUGAUUA